AUGUCGACCAGCGGUGGAAGAUGGUCCAUCCGCCCCGAAGGCGAUACAAGCGGCUUCGUCCUUAGGGGUCCGCGCUAUCCUAGUAGCAGUGCCGGGCUCAGGUGGUACGCAAGGCAACGUGAACUACAAUCGUCGGCAGUUGCAACUACUGACUUUGAAACCAGAGUGAUUCUGUUUGGUGAAGGCAAUUUCAGCUUCGCCGCCGCUUAUGCGCAACUUCAUCCGGAGCGCCACCUGACCGCCACCACCUUGGAGAGCGCAAACGAUGUCUACCAACUUGAUCCGGAGGCGCAGAAUCGUGUGGAGAAGCUGCAGAAAGAUGGUCAUCAAGUUUUGUUUGGAAAGGACUAUCGGACUUACUCCUCGGACCUGAAGAAGUCCACCAAACGUGCGCUAAUCGAUGUCGAUCCCAUACAACUGAUGCUUCGACAAGAAAGGCAAAGGGGCUUGCAUGAUUUCGACAUCGUCAUCUUCAACUUCCCCUACGUCCGGGACAACGGCGGACCAGCAACGGCCAUGCUAAUCGUCGACUUUUUGGUGUUUUGCAACCAGGAAGCAAAAAUCGGAGCAGAAAUCAUUUUGGGUUUGGCAACGUCUCGCAAAAUGACGGUGUGUUGCACUGAGAUCAAGGGAGAAACCAGAGCACGGGCGCACUACAAACCGGACCAGUACGGAAAAUUUCUACAGUUUUCGGCAGAGAGCCUCGUUUCGGAAGCACUCCGUGGCAGCUGGGGAGCGGUCCCGCUGUCGAGGCACGGGUCGAGUUCUUCUUCCACAGAAAGUACGACGCGGGAGACGUCAUGCGCACUGCCGGUCUUGGUGCUUACAGAAAAGGAUCACAACUUCUAUUCUAAAUACGAACAGCGUGGCUACCAACACGUCACGACCGGCACUUUCGAAAAAAAUCUGAUCAUCUGGUCCUACAAUAACAAAACGCUUUUUCGGUUCGCGGUGACGCGGUGUGAUGAUGUGCAUCCCACCGACGCGUAUCAUCACUGUGUCGCACUUUCUUAUGUUCCCUCACUUACCGGGACCGAGAGAGAUUCUAUCACGCCCUGGCUCGACUACCACGCGAACACAAACUGGAGCAUUGAUGAAGACGAAGACCGUUUCAUGAGUACGUCGCUGCGGAACUACCACCGCGAUUGGAAACCAUCUGGACGAGAGCGCUUGCGCGACAUCCUCCUCCUCAGCCUAGAAGAUCAACACCAGCCCGCUAGAACAUCCUCUUCGAAACAAAACCUCGCCAGUAUGCUCUCCGACGAGCAGAAGCUAGCACGCGAUGCGAUCGAUGUUUUCGAGAUAGGCCCAAAGGGAAAAACAGAAACCAAGUUAGCAGUGUUACAGAGAAGAGGUGGAGGUGCGCACCGGACGGUGGCGGAUACGGUAGGCGGGGAUGGAGGAGGCGACGUAGUGCCUGUGGUGUAUAUGCCGUGAAUUUGUUCCAAUGCGAUGAAGCUAGGAUGGCAAGAAUCCUGGCGGGAAAUAAGUAAAAAACAUGAUACAGCAACUGCAUCUUGCCGCAAGCAGCCUCACAUUCGAUUAAGUACUCAUUCAGAUUCCUGCUCCCAGUCCAGCUCCAAUAGAU